AUGCCACUUCCAAACAAAGGAGGAGAGCCAGAGUUCAAGUUGAAAGUGGAGCCCGCUGACAAAAUAGCCAUCAAAUACAACAUGAAAGACGAGGCAACAGUGCCAUUGAGCAUUAUGAAUCCAACGAAGGAGCGCAUUUGCUACAAGGUCAAAUGCACCGACAAUGAAAUCUUCCGUGUUCGCCCGCCACUUGGAUUAGUUGAGCCAGGAAAGACGGCUGCUGUGAAGAUCACUCUUAAACCAAAGGCUGGAAUUGAUCCGAAUAGACACUUCUUUGCAAUCUACCACGUGGCAUGCUCCGAUCCAAAAGCGGAUCCGAGAAAAAUCUGGACUGCUGACACGAAGCCAGACGGAGUGAUCAGAAUGCAAGCACUUUUGGAAACUGAUGAACCGGCGGCGGAGGAGAAGAAAAAGGGAGGAGAUGAUGAGAAGAAGGAGAAGGAGAAGGAUGAUGGAGAGAAGAAGGAGGAGAAGAAGGAAUAA